GCAUCAUCUGUGCAGUAGUGGAAGCUACAUCUUGCAGUCCGACUGCACAGCGCGCAACAUUUUUUGUCCUAUUCGCGUCCGAAACUGUCCUUCCGUGCCGUGCCGCAGCGAUGUGGAUUUACCAGCUCGUUUUCGGACUCUUUGUCGUUUCUUUUUGUGAGGGAAAACAAAAUGGAAAUGCACUCCAGGACUACCAGAAGACUGAUGGUGUGCGGCUGGUUGUUGCGUCUCCUGAUUCCUCUCUACUGACAGAAAGCAAGAAACGGAGCUUGACAAAGUGUGCCAAAGCCUGCAGCCGCAACAAAAUAAUUCCUUUCAACUGCAGGGCAUUCCUCUAUGACCAUAACAACAGGAAAUGCCAGUGGCUGUCGUUUGACACCCACUCGCCAGGAGCCCAGAGCCAACAGGACUUCAACUACCAACUGUAUCAAAAGAAAGACUAUGUGAGGGAGUGCAUUGUGGGCACGGGGGAGAGCUACAGGGGGCGGAGGUCGACGACAGUGAGCGGAAUCCGCUGCCAGGCCUGGGCCUCUCCGAUUCCUCAUGAGCACAAUUUCAUGUCUAAAAGAUUCAGGAAGAAGGACCUCAGAGAGAACUUCUGUCGUAACCCAGACAACUCCAGCGUCGGCCCGUGGUGCUUCACCAUGGACCCACGGGCCAAACUCAGACACCAGCAGUGUGGCAUACCCCAGUGCUCACAGGUUGAGUGUAUUCACUGUAAUGGCGAAGACUACAGAGGACCCAUGGACCACACAGAAAGUGGGAAGCAAUGCCAGCGCUGGGACCUGAAUGAUCCACACAAACACCAGUACCACCCCAAAAGGUACCCUGACAAAGGCCUGGAUGACAACUACUGUAGGAACCCAAACGGACGCCACAACCCCUGGUGCUUUACAACGGACCCAAACACACCCUGGGAGUACUGCGACAUCAAAGUUUGUGAAACGUCUCCAAAAAGAAAUGUGGUGGAAACCACUGAGUGUUACCAGGGCAGAGGAGAGGGCUAUCGGGGGACAGUAGACGUGAUGCCCACCGGGCUCAUCUGCCAACGCUGGGACUCUCAGUAUCCCCACAACCACACGUUCACACCUCAAGCCUACCCCUGCAAAGACUUGAGAGAGAACUACUGUCGGAAUCCAGAUGGCCGAGAAUUCCCGUGGUGCUUCACUACGGACCCAAGAGUCCAAACCAUGUUCUGCAACAACAUCCCGCGGUGCGGCACCCAAAACAAUCCAGUCAGUGACUGCUAUGAAGGCUUUGGGGAGAAUUACCAAGGAGAGCAGUCAAGGACGAGAUCAAACCUGCCCUGCGCACCUUGGAGAGACCGUAACAACAGCGGCGAGAGGGGCGUGCAGAUAGGCGGCCUGGAGGGAAGCUACUGCCGAAACCCAGACAAAGACAAGCAUGGUCCCUGGUGUUACACCAACAACUCUGCCAGUCCCUGGGACUACUGUCAUAUCAAACCAUGUGAAGGUUUGCAGAUCAACAUCCCACCGGCUGAGCUGUCCUCUGUGGGGUGUUUUGUCCAUAAAAGAACCAGAAUUGUGGGAGGGGGUCCGGUGGGCGUAUUAGACGGCAGCUGGAUGGUCAGCAUACAGAAAGGGUCGCAGCACUGGUGUGGAGGUUCACUAAUACGAGAGGAGUGGGUACUCACUGACAGACAAUGCUUCUCCUCAUGUGUGCCAGACCUCAGUGAGUAUCGGGUGUGGUUGGGAGUCUUGGAUAUCGGAGAAGGCGCUCCCGACUGGUCCAAGAGACAGGAAGUGAACAUAGCCGAUGUGAUAUGUGGUCCUGAGGGCUCAAGUUUAGCCCUCAUAAGGCUGUCUAAGCCUGCCCUCCCUGCAGACAAUGUGCACACACUUCUGUUACCUAUGGCAGGAUGCUCCAUCCCAGAAGGAACAAUAUGUAAAGUGUAUGGAUGGGGAGAGACAAAAGACACUGGACAUGAUGACCAACUGAAGGCGGCCGACCUGCCCAUCGUCAGUAAUGUGAGGUGCAGAGUGAUGCACAGAGGCAACCUCCACAUCACCAACAUCAAGAUCUGUGCAGGAGGCAAAAGGAAUGAGGGAGUGUGUGAGAGGGAUUACGGCGGCCCUCUCGUGUGCCAGGAUGGCGAGAUACGGGUGAUUGUGGGAGUGAGCGUUCAUGGCAGAGGCUGUGCUCGGGCCAACCAGCCCGGCAUCUUCAUCAAUGUGCCCUUCUACACCCAGUGGAUCUACAAGGUCUUCAAAUAUUACCCCAACCCUGACAUUGUCUAGCAAUUUCAAUAGAACCAAACCCAGACCCUCUAAUUCCAAGUCAUUUCGGCCGUGCACUCGGGACACCUGUUUUUUUUACAUGCUGUCCAUGUCUGCAUAGAGCGAUAGAAAUCUGUCUGAUAGAAGACUGUUCAGUGGGCAAAUUGAAGGGCAUCCUUUUCAGGCAUCUCCAGGGGGCUUGGAUAAAGUGGUCCUUACUGUAUAUAGUAUAUUAAUGAGUGGAUUUGUGACACUCUGAAGAUAAUUUGGGUCUUAUAGAUCUAAAGCAAGAUAAGUUAAUGGUGUAUUACACAGAUGAGUUAUAUACUGUGCAGGAAAACACCAAAAAGUCCAUUAUCAGUAAUUUACUUUCGUCACCAUGCCAUUGACGGUCAAUAUAUGAAUGUGCUUUUUUACAUUCCGUGUAGAUUAGAUGAUUUUACAGCUGGUCAGCUUCAUAGGAUUUGAUUAAAAGGCAGAAAAAGUAACACUCAAUGUGUACAUACCGUUAUUUCUAACAAAAAAAAAAAAUCCUCAAACGUAUGUAUUAAUUCAUUGCCCUUGUGUCUGUGUUAUAGUUUUUCUGCAGCAGUGUCAGUAUGCAAAAAGAAAACUGCAGAAGGGUUGUGUGCGUGUGCGUGUGGGUGUGUGUGUGUGUGUGUGUGUGUGUGUGUGGUUAAGCCUCUGCUGAAUGAAUUCCCCCCACACCCCAAUUUGUGUAAAAAGGUAAAAAUGUGUGUGCACUGAAAGAAGCUACCAUAUUCUACAGGUUGUACAAUACUGUCUUCUCUUCUCUGUUUAAAUGUACAUUCAAUAUACAUGUUUGGUUACUUAUCAACUAUGCUAAAUGUAAAACCCAAGUCCUGCAGUUAUUUUGAAUAUUUAAUGAUGUCUGUUACUAUAAUACAUGUUUUUUAAUCAAUGUUUUAAGUCUAGCAUUCAUUGAUGCCCUGUUUGAAUGUUCUAGAUGUAAACGUGUAUCUUCUUAGCCA